AUGGAUAUUGACACCCAGCAGGGAUCGUACUUCCCGCAGGUCCUUCUACACAGGAAAGCGCUGUCUGCUUCGCCAACAUUACAUAUUCCCUUGAUAAGGGAUUUCGGUCACUGUGAAAACAUGUCUGGAAAGCCACGCCGCCGUGGUGGUGCAUUCGGAAAUGGAAAUGGUACAGCACGUGGCAGCCAGAGUGCAGGUGCUUCUACUGGAUCUGGAUCUAGCGAAGCUCCCCCGGAUCUAUCCCGACUCUCACUAGGCCCAUCCAACAUUCCCACUGCCGUCGAUGGCAGUUGGCUUCAAAUGGCUCCGCCCGUUACUCCACCUGCUCGCAGGCCGGUCCCCGGAGACCUCGUCGAUCCCAAAAUGUUCAGCAAGUUGCUCGAGGACAUUCGUAAAUACGCAAAGACCGCAGAAUUUCCGCUCCGGAAGAUGUUCCACACCACAAGGGCCUCUGUUUACACCAAUCACUUUGCCCUGAAGCUUGACCCCAAAUUGCCAUUAUAUCAAUACGAGAUCAAAGGAAUGCCGACUAAUAUGGGAAAGCGGAAAAAGAAGGCUCUUGUUGAUGCAUUGAUUAACAAGACCGGUUUCUUGAGGAGCCAUCAAGCUGAGUUUGUGACGGACUUUCGUUCACUCAUCAUCUCCUGGGUGCAGUUCCCCGAAGAGACACUGGACCCCACUCCUGUCCAUUACAGAGAUGACAGAGAGGAUGAAGAAGCCAUCGUUCUUGAGCUCGCCUACAAUGGGGUUGUGGAUACGCAACUGCCCAGAGAGUAUAGUGAGGGCAAGGCUGAACCCACAGAACGUACACGCAAGGCACUCACGGUUAUUGAGUGUGCCCUCAAUUUAGUCAUUUCGAAGGCUAUGAAUCACAGAGACUCCUUCUCUUUGAGAGCAAACAAGAUCUUUGUGACUAGUGGUCACUCACCUCUCGGAUCGUCUUUGUGCGCAAUGCGCGGCUACUUCUAUUCCAUCAGGCCCGGCAUGGGCCAGAUCCUUCUCAAUCUCAAUGCUUGCACGAGCGCCUUCUACAAUCCCAUCCUCGUUAGCCAAUUCGUGUCGGACAGAAAAACUUUCAAGAAUGAGGCUGCCGGCUUUGCGGCUUUGCGGGGUGUGAGGGUCCAAUUGAUGUAUGAUCCAAAGCACAGUGGAAAACAGCCAAGAUCCAAUGCCUCCACUAUUGCAGCUCGGAUCAAGACGAUCAUAGCAGAAGGCGGUCCCUGUGAUGAGCAAGGCUUCACCCUGAAAGAGGGUGGUAAAAUGACGAUAAAGGAUCAUUUCGAGAAGACCUACAAAAUGCGCCUACAGUUUCCAAAGUCGAGUGCGGUCAACUGUGGUACAAGAGAAAAUGCAAUGUGGUACCCUCCCGAGGUGCUGCAGAUCUUACCAUACCAGCUGUUGAAAGGCAGGCUCCCGGAGGCGCUUUUGAGCGACAUGAUUGAGGUUGCCUGCCAUCACCCAGCAGAUGGCCGCGCACUGAUCGAGCAUGAGGGUCUCGUUUUGAUGGGUUGCCACAACGGAAAAGGCUUCGCACCAUUUCGUGCAUGUCCGCCCAUCUUGAUUGAUCCUCGUAUGCUCAAAGUUCCUGCCGCUGAGCUCCCAAUCCCAACGGUCACGUAUGGUGGAGCGGCAUCGAAAAAUCGAGCGGCAGUCAAGGACGGCAAGUGGAACCUCGCCGGCCGCACUUUUCUACAACAAGGCUCUAUCAAACUCAAGUUGUUCAUCAUCUUUUCCCCCGAAGGUGGUCCGCUUCCAGGUGAUUCCUUGAAGUUGUUUACCGAAGGUUUUGUUGAGAAUGCCCGCACCUACGGCAUGACAUCGCACACAGUGGUUGGUGGUAAAACAAGUCGAGUCUUUACAAGUUUGGAGGUUGCGGAGGAAGUGUUCAAUGAAGCCAAGAGCAAAGGCGCCAACUUCGUUCUGCUGGUCCUGAGCAAGAAGAAUACCGUCGCAUAUUCGAUACUCAAGGAUCUCGCCGAUCGAAAAUAUGCUCUGCAGUCGCAGUGUGCAGUCUACAAAUUGGACAAAUUCGGGCUUCCGUUUGGAGACCAACAAUGGGGCAACUUGAUGAUGAAGGUUAAUUUGAAGGCCGGCGGGACCAACCAUACUAAUGCGGAUGUCUCGAAAGUCCUGGCGAACACGUUGAUUCUCGGAGCAGACGUCACGCAUCCCGGACCGGGAGCGCUGCUAGGGACGCCCUCUAUCGCAGCCAUUGUCGGUUCAGUAGACCAGCACGGCGGGAAAUUUCUUGGCUCCAUGCGACUUCAGCCCCGGGAUUCUGCGUGUGAAGACAUCAAAGAUGUGAAGGGCAUGGUGUCGGAGCGCAUUCGGGCAUGGUUCAUCCACUUCAAGAAACUUCCUGCAAACAUAUUGUACUAUCGGGACGGUGUCUCUGACUCGCAAUACGCCCAGGUCAGAGAUGGCGAGUUGCCACAGAUUCGCGCAGCUUUCAAGGAAGCCGCCAAAACAUGCAAUGUGAUGAACAACAAGUUCAAAUUGACAGCCGUGGUGGUCGCGAAGAGACACCAUGUGCGCUUUAUGCCGGGCACCGACGAUCCAAACUAUGCAAAGCUGGACCCCCGGAAGGAGGCGAACGGAAAUUGCAAACCGGGUACGCUCGUCGACACGGUGGUCACCUCACCCUACUUUAGCGAUUUCUACCUUCAGUCCCACGAUGGUAUCAAGGGUACCGCGAUACCGGCACACUACUUCCAGUUGACCUACAAGCUCUGCUACACCUAUGUCCGCGCCACGAGAGCAGUGUCUUACGCUCCACCCGCAUACUACGCUGACCGACUCUGCGAGCGUGGCCGUAUAUACCUCCGCGACUUCCUCACACCCGACCCCCAAUCCACACUCAAGCAGGCACACUCGCAAAAACAAGACGAGGUCAAGAAGGCGCUACAGGCUGCCCGCGAGGCCAGGUACAAGCACCUGCGUACAGAAGUCACCGAAGGCAAGAAAACAUGGCUGCGCAAGUCUGCGGCGGAAAAGGAGCAGGAGCAAAGGGAUGAGAGACGUGUGGAGGAUGUGGUUAGGGCGUGGACGUUUGAGCAGGCGACUCCGGUGUUUUAUAGCGCGGAGGUGGCGAAGAAUCCGUGGGCGGAGUGGGUGGGGCAGACUAUGUUUUGGAUGUGA